UUUAGAGACAUAACAAGUUGGCAAGAGUACUCCCUUUGCAGGUUCAAAUGGGAGAUGCAAACAGCUCUCCUUCCUCUUCCAUAGACAGUAGUAGCCACCCUGUUCUCUCAACCACUUCAUCCUUCUCCAGGCCAAUCUACGGAGACUUGAGCACUGAUUUAAGGCUAGGACUCAGCAUAUCAUCUUCCCCUUUGCUUGAUGAAACUUGUUCGAACUCAAGGGAGCAAGCCUCUGAUUGGCCACCAAUCAAACAACUUCUCAGGACUGCUCUUGAGGAGAAAAUAAACAAGAAAAACCAGGACUGCUGCUUCUUUGUUAAGGUCUACAUGGAAGGACUUCCAAUUGGCCGUAAACUAGACUUGUUCUCUGUACACAGCUAUGAUUGCCUUGUAAAGACCCUUAGCAGAAUGUUCAAGACCACCAUUCUUUGCUCUGAUGUUGCAGCACAAGUGUCUUCCAGUGACAAUAUUCAUUUUCUCACUUAUGAAGACAAGGAAGGAGAUUGGAUGAUGGUUGGAGAUGUCCCUUGGGAGAUGUUUCUAACCAGUGUUAAGAGACUAAAGAUAACCAAGGUUGUUGAUUAGUCCUUCCACAAAUCUUGUUAUAUGUUUUUUAAAACAAAAAUGGCAAAUCAAAUAUCAU